AUGGCUUUUGAAUUCUUGCCUCCUAAUGGGGUUAGAGAGCUGGUGCUUUCACGUAAUCUCAAUCUCAUCAUAGAACCUGGGAGAUCGCUUAUUGCAAAUACUUGUUGCUUAGUUAAUCGUGUCAUUGGAGUGAAAACAAAUGGGACAAAAAAUUUCAUUGUGAUCGAUGGCAGCAUGUCAGAACUUAUCCGCCCUAGUCUCUAUGGUGCUUAUCAACACAUAGAGCUGGUUUCUCCUUUACAACCUGAUGCUGAGAUUUCUAAUUUUGAUGUUGUGGGUCCGGUCUGCGAGUCGGCAGAUUUCCUGGGAAAGGAUAGGGAACUUCCAACACCUCCUAGGGAAGCGUACUUCUCAGGGUACCGGCUUGGUGGUUCACGAUGCUGGCGCUUACUGCAUGAGUAUGGCAUCAACUUACAAUCUCAAGAUGCGUCCACCAGAGUAUUGGGUGUGUGA